AUUUCCACGGUUUUGCAUUCGUUGGAAAGGUCUUGGGCUCCGUGAGGUUUAUAGCAAAGAAAAUUCUGGAAAAUUCAGGAAAAAUUCAACAGAAAAGUGGGGAAAUCGUUUUUCACAUACAGCGCCAUCUAUUAUACAUAGCAUGUACUUCAAACCAAUAGCAACGGUGCGUGAUAAAGUGUGUGACAGAUAGUCAUUAUUCUCUGCUCAGUUAAUUUCAUUUAAGCUCAGUGUAAAUUAUGUGGAUCGUGCAUUUGAAGUUAAAUUCAACACUCUGUCCAUAGUCCAAAAUGCCUAGAGAACGACGUGCGAACAUCGGCCGCCGCACAAGACAUGCAAGCCAGCAACAAGUCUAUUCAAGGAACUUAAGAGAAGAAAGACAAAAUAUAAUAAGAGAAAAUGACCGAUUGAGACAUCGCGUGAGCACACGAAGAUCAUUGGCAUCAUACAAUCGCUUGGCAUUCCAAUAUGAUCCCACUGCGAACUACAGUGAUGAUGAAAAUUUGGAUAUUGGACGAAUGACGACUAUAUGCCGAUAUUGCAAUGCGGUAAAGUUCAAAAGAGAAACGGUUGGAUUGUGCUGCGCAAGUGGAAAAGUCAAACUGGAUCCAUUACUUACACCACCACAGCCACUGAAAACAUUGUUUGAUGGAAGUGAUCCCGAUUCCAGCCAUUUUCUUCAACACAUCCUUGAAUACAAUAACUGCUUUCGCAUGACUUCCUUUGGAGCUAAUAUCAUUCGAGAAGGCGGCUUCAUGCCGACUUGCAAGAUACAAGGUCAAAUAUAUCAUUUGCAUGGUUCAAUGGUGCCAACACCAGAUGAACCGCAUCAAUUUCUGCAAAUAUAUUUCAUUUCGUCGAUGGUGGAUCAGCUGAACGUGCGGUGCAAUAUACAGGGAGCACAACAGUUAAAGAGACGAAUUAUUGAACAGUUGCAAGCAUUUUUUCACGCUAAUAAUGCUGUGGUUAAUAUGUUCAAAACAGCAUUGGAACGAAUGCCAUCGGAUACGCACAAAUUUGUCAUAAGAGCGGAUUGUACUCCAACAGGUGAACAUGUGCGAAGAUUCAAUGCACCCACCGUUAAUGAUGUUGCUGCAAUUAUUGUUGGCGAUCCAACUAAAUCACGAGACAUUGUCGUUCAGCGAAGAAGCAAUAUCAUGCAUCGUGUAAACGAGACACAUCGUUUGUACGAUGCGUUACAAUAUCCAAUCAUUUAUUGGCAAGGGCAAGACGGAUACGACAUCACGUUGAAGAUGGUCGAUCCAAUUACAGGAGUAUCAACGAAUAAUAAAAAUCUAAGCGCAAUGAAUUACUAUGCGUAUCGUAUGAUGAUUCGUACACAUGAGGAGAAUGUUAUUCUGAAGUGCGGUCGGCUAUUCCAGCAAUUCGCUGUCGACAUGUAUGUCAAAGUCGAGACCGAACGUUUAGCGUUCAUCAGAUUCAAUCAGCCAAAGCUACGAUCUGAGGACUAUAUACACUUGCGUGAUGCUAUUCAUUCAGAUGGUGAUGUUCAGAAUAUUGGACGACUGACGAUUCUCCCAUCAACUUAUAUCGGAAGCCCACGCCACAUGCACGAAUACGCUCAAGACGCUAUGACGUACGUGCGAAAUUAUGGAACUCCGGAUUUAUUUAUUACGGUCACAUGCAAUCCGAAGUGGACGGAAAUUGAACGCGAGUUGGAACCGGGUCAAAAACCGCAAGAUCGCCAUGACAUAAUCGCCAGAGUAUUUCAGCAAAAACUCAAGGUUAUGAUGGAUGUGCUUACUAAGUAUCGAGUUUUUGGUGACACACGUUGUUAUAUGUACUCGGUGGAAUGGCAGAAGCGUGGACUACCGCAUGCUCAUAUCCUAAUUUGGUUGCUGAACAAAUUACAUUCAAAUGAAGUGGAUGACAUCAUAUCAGCUGAAAUUCCUGAUCCAGUCACUGAUCCCCGUCUACACGACAUUGUGACGACACAGAUGGUGCAUGGACCGUGCGGUGCAUUAAAUCCAUUAUCGCCUUGCAUGGCUGAUGGAAAGUGCACAAAACGAUAUCCGCGACCGUUAGUUGCUGAAACAGUCACAGGGAACGAUGGAUAUCCAGUUUAUCGUCGGCGUUCAAGUCUCCGUUUCGCCACCAGAUAUUUUUAA